AACAGUGUUCUUAGAGGCAGCCACACCUCAGCACGAUCUUUCUAACUUGGGACAGCAAAAUUCAAAUGAACUGAUAGACACAAACUGCAAAAGAGUCCUAAACCUAUACAGGAGGUGAAUCUUUACAGCACAAUUGCCCUCCAAAGCUACUUGAAACAGGGCAUAGGACUUAAAGGAGAAAAAGAAGGAAAUGGACUAUCUCCUAUAACACCUGGAAUGUGAUCCAAGCCUGGAGACAAAAUGAUGGUGUGCAGCUAGAAGACAAUAAAACUAGCAAUGGAGCUCUUAUAUGAGGAAUACCUAGCAAAUCGUGGAACAAUAGUAAGACCUUCUUACUGGCCAAGCUUCUCUCUAGAUUGCUCUAACUGUCCUUACCAUAUUCAGACAGGAGAAGAAGCAGGAGUUCCCAACACAGAAUUUUAUCAUAUUUUUGGAUUCCCUUAUGGGCCAACAGAUCCUCAAACAAAACACCUCACAUUUUAUGAACUAAAACCUUUUUCUGGUAGCCUGGUGCAAAAGGGCCAUGCUAGCAGUUGCAGUGGGAAUCACAGCCACCCAGAAUCAAUGCUAUUUGAGAUGAAUGGUUAUCUUGACUCAGCCAUAUACAGUAACAAUAUAACUAAGCAUCUCAUUCUGUAUUCCAGCAACUCCCCUUGUAAUGAAGCUAACCACUGCUGCAUCAGCAAAAUCUACAAUUUCCUGAGAGUGUAUCCAGACAUCACUCUUAGUAUUUACUUUUCUCAGCUCUACCAUACUGAGACUGAAUUUCCUGCUUCAGCCUGGAACUACGAAGCUCGGAGCCUGGCCAGCUUGUGGCCACAGGUCACUUUGAGUCCAAUAACUGGUGGGAUUUGGCAUUCACUCCUCAACAACUCUGUUAGUGGUGUCUCAGGAUCUACUGUUUUGCAGCCCAUUUUAAGUGGGAGAGCACUGGCUGACAGGCACAACGCAUAUGAAAUCAAUGCCAUAACAGGAGUGAAACCUUACUUCAGUGAUGUCCUUCCCCAGACAAAAGACAACCAGGACCUAAGAGCUCAGGCAGCUUUAGAGAGCAACCCCUCAAACAAUGUCUUUCCUGGACAGUCUUUUCAAGUGACGAGUGGACAACUGCAACCCAACCUAACUCCAGACCUCAGGGUUCCUGUGGUUUUUGUGUUAGUGCCUUUCAGAGACCUACCACCAGUCCAUGUGGGUCAAACCCCAAAUAAACCCAGGAAUGUAGUAAGGCACUUAAACAUGCCUCAAAUGUCAUUCCAGGAAACCAAGGACCUCAGAAGGCCUCCCACUGGAAGGCCAGAGGAGAUAGUGGAAAUCACAGAACAGUUUACAAGGAGCAAAGAGGCAGAUGAAAAGAAAAAAAAAACAAGAAGAAAGGGAAAGAAUAAAAUCUACAUUCCUACAGCAUGAAACCAAACAAUUACCAGAGGACUUAUUAGAUAGGCAACAAAAGCUGAAAAUUUUCUUUCU